AUGGAUCAGCUCGAGGAGUCGUUUCUGGAUGAGUGUAGGAUCGGCCCUUUAGAAUUUUUAAACAUGUUUUGUAUCUUCAAAAAAAUUGAUCUCGUUGAUCUCACCCGAGGCCGGAUCCUAUGCAAGUCUUCCCCUCGACAGGAGGAUGCGCCGUCGCCGCAGGAGGCCAACCCGGGCGGUAGCAUGAUGUUGAGCGAUCUCCUCUUCUACGCCAGCGAGAGCGCGGCAGAGGCCAGGAGAGGCCCGAUGGAUGUGGCGCCGUUCCGGGUCCAGCUUGCCCCCAUGCCGACGGCAGCACCUCUGCACCGGCCGCACGAGGAGUUCAACUUCGACUGCCUCAGCAAAGUGUGCAAUCCUUACAGGAGCUGCGUCGGAGGCCGUGUCCCAGCUGGGGUCGUCCACGCGACCGGCAUGGCGCUCGCUCAGUAUCCCCUCCACCACGCCAUGGCGGAGCGUGAGACGAGCGGCGGUAAGCUGCAUUGCGGUGGUGGGUCGUCGUCGUCGCCGGACGAUUGA